AUCGUCACGCACGUAUAUAUAGGCAAGGGGAUAAACAAAAUUUUGUUACAGAAGCAUACCAUCCCCAUUCGUAAGCAGCUAAUUUCCCAAAAUGAUCAAGGAGGUAGUAUUGGUCUGUGUGUUGAUUGCGGUGUGCUCAUGUCUUCCCACGGAUGAACAAAUUUCGGCAGUAGCGGUCGAAAGCAACAAUGUUCCAGUUGUACUGACAGAGAGCGAUGGCGUUCAGGAUGAACUAGAAACUGCCGAAGCCGCUUAUCCGCGUCGCUACCAUCAUCAUCACCAUCGUCGUUAUUACGGCGGAGGCUAUGGUCGAGGCUAUGGAGGAGGCUAUGGUCGUGGUUUCGGUGGAGGAUACGGUGGCGGCUACGGUGGCGGUUAUGGCGGCGGAUAUGGAGGCGGAUUCGGAGGUGGCUUCGGUGGUGGUUUUGGAAUCGGUUUCGGAGGUGGAUACGGAAGAAAAUAAAUAAUAAACAUGCUGUGAAAAACUGUGCGAAACAAUGAAAGAUGACUUUCUUACAUCUGCGUGUUGUGCUGAUAAUGGGUUGUGUGAUUUUGAAUUGCUUUUGUUGUGCGCAAUCAAACGCGGUCCCAUGCUAUUCUGUUAAUCCAUUCACCUUAAUCUUUCCACCUUAAUAGAUCCAGUAUAAUGAUUGCGCAUGACAAAGCGUAAAAAUAUACCGAAGCGAAGUGUUAACCAAACUGCACAAAUUAUCUAUGCAGUUAAUCAAAUGCAGAAGUGACCCAAGGUCCACCACAACUGAUGAGCGUUCCGGUGCAGAUUCUUCUUGCUAUUGUGGUUAUGAUUCUGAUUCUACUUUGU